CCUUUCUUGACUUUCACCUCAUACAUACGCAUAAAUGCUUAUUAUCUGUGUUAUUUUUGAUAGCAUGAGAUCCUAAUUACCUAAUAAACAGUUGAUUAUAAUAGUAUAUUUUUUAAGGCUGUAAAUAUAUUUAGAAAAAAAAAUAAUGGCUAUUCACUUGGGAAACUCGUCCAAUAAAAUCGUGCAGAAUUUACGGCACUUAUCGACGACCUCUGCUAAAAACGAUGCAUGGCUAUCGAAGAUAUUUGUGAGGAAAAUCGAGCCUACUAAAGAGAGCCAUAGUAGAAUGCUUAGCGAUAAAGAGGUGAUUUAUUCAUUGCAAACCCAUAACUAUAGGCCUGAUGUCAAAGCAGCAUAUCUAAAUAAUGUGAAAAAUACUGUGGAAUGGGUGAAAUCUCAAGAGCAACUGAAAAAUUCGGUGAAUUUAGUGGGCAGUUGGACGGUCAAUGUGGGGGACCAAGAUCAGGCCCUGCACUUGUGGAAAUUCACCGGGGGGUUCCACCAGAUUGAUAAAUUUAACAGUUUAACCGAUACAAACGAGGAAUAUGAAAAACUGAGGGAGGAACAAGGAAAACUAGUGAGAGCGAGACAUUUGCAGUACCUUUUGGCCUUCAGCUAUUGGCCCCAGAUACUAGCAAGGGAACCCAAAAAUAUUUACGAGAUAAGGAGUUAUUCACUUAAACCAGGUACCAUGAUUGAAUGGGGCAACAAUUGGGCCCGAGCAAUUAACUUUCGAAAGAACAACGAUGAAGCCUUUGCGGGUUUCUUUUCUCAAGUCGGUCGACUGUAUAAUGUCCAUCACAUUUGGUGUUAUGAAAACUUAAAUAAAAGAAAAGAGACGAGGGAAUCUGCCUGGAGGUCACCCGGAUGGGACGAGUGUGUUGCCUACACGGUUCCCUUAAUCCGAGAGAUGCAUUGCAGGAUUAUGGUGCCGACUGACUAUUCUCCGACCCAGUAAAAGUGUGUUAUCAUAGAUAAGGAUCAUUGUGCUAUUAUUUUUAAGUAUUAAACAUUGGGCCUGGUCAAUAAUCUGUUACCCGUUAGGCAUUCAUUCAUUCAUCCUGAGGAGUAAAAUGUGAAGCAAGGGUGAGGGAUUAUUGAUCGGGUUAAGGGAUUUAAGUUUAAAAUAAUUGUGUUUCUUUUUCAUGGCAUGCAUUUAUUUAAGGAUUAGAAAACGUGUUUUGUUUAUUAAAUGCUUUAUUAGUUUAAAUAUUGUUGUUAAAUCAUUGUUUUAUUACUGCAUAAAGUCACUACUAUUAUAAAACCUC